AUUGCAUCCCAUCUGGCUUUCCUCGACGCGCAGGGUCGUCUAAGAUGAUCUCCAGUGUCACGAAGUCGUGGAAGCGUAAAGAGGAAAUUCAAACGCUGGUCCUUGUUCGGUCGAGAACACAACUCGGUCUCUUUCGCCCCAGGCCUCGUCUGAGCUUCUCACACAACGAUAGGCUUCCAUGUGGUGCGCGCUGGAGAGGCUUUCAGACAGAAUGCUACCGCUGGCAGGUGUCUGUUCGUUGUCCGACCUGCGAAGGCCAGCCCAUGCGUGUUGAGUCCGCGGCCGCCGUUGAGAAUGAGAUAUCACCAGCCAAGCCCACCGCAGGAAUUGAUGACGUUCGGAGAGUCUUAUGCACCGAAAUUACAUAUUGCUUGGGAACCGCGAUAGGUGUCUGGAGGACGGACGGAC